GGGCGCGCUCGUCGGUACUCCACGCGCGUCUUGUUACUUUAAAUUUCGAACCACGUGCUGUUUCGGAUCCCGAAAAUGAAUGUUUUCUGAAUUAAACUGAAUUUUUUAAAUUAGUGUUCCAUUUAGAGGCUUGAAUUCGAGUCAGUUUAGUGUUUUUUGUUGCUUUUUCUUUUAAUUUCAUUUUUGGCAGUGAUGUGUUUGAAAAGGAAUAUCAGUGAAAUUGUUAUUUUGAUUGCAAUGUUUAUUGGAUUAGUUAGGAAUGGAGAUCUGGAGAACACAACAAAAGAAACUCGCCCCGAGUACAUCCACCCCGAUGGGGUGUUAAACUUCGAUCCAUACCUCUCCGACUUCAAACCAAUGCAGGAAGAUGACGACUACAUACCGUUGCCAGAAAACGACGAAACAAUUGACGGUCUGCCAAUUUUUCUUCUGGAGCCGAAAAACUCGUUCGUGCUUAAGACGAAGCCUGCAUUACUCCUUUGCCGAGCCGCAAACGCUUUGCAGGUUUUCUUCAAAUGCAAUGACAUAAGAACAGAUAAAACAGUGCAGCUGGAAUUUGUCGAUCCUCAUACCGGAGUCAGGAUGGUAGAUGCAGAAUUGAAUGUGACUAGGAAUGAGGUAGAUGAAUAUUUCGGAGGGAAGUACAGCUGUGAAUGUUACGCUUGGAAUAGCAAAGGCAAGAUAAGGAGUCAAGCUGUCUUUAUUGAAGUUGCUUAUAUAAAGAAGCAAUUCGUUCAGCAACCUCAAUCAGUGACUGUCGAAGCAGGUCGCAGUGUCACUUUCCGUUGUGUACCACCUCCCGCUGCCCCUGCAGUUACCUUGAAAUGGACAAGAAACGGAGUUACUAUUGAACCUAACGAUGAGAUUCUUGUGUUGCCAAAAGUUGGAUUACAGGAUAUGGCAAACUACACCUGUAUAGCGGAAAACGUCGCCGGGCGGCGGGAGUCGGACGUUGCGGUGCUGUCCGUUUAUGUAAAUGGAGGCUGGUCACCGUGGUCUCCUUGGAUGAACUGCAGAUGCGGCUCGCAGUCCAGUGGCAAGCGACGCACGCGCACGUGUACGGAACCUGCACCAGCCAAUGGCGGCGCGCCUUGCAGAGGACAGUCUGCGCAAAGCGAUGAAAAUUGUGUUGCUUGUUCUAAUGGUUCCUGGUCACCUUGGGGAUCGUGGUCCUCGUGCAGCAUCGACUGUAUCAGGGUCCGAAGACGACAAUGUUCAGGGUCAUGCUCUGGGUCUGCGUUGCAACAUGCUGCUUGCGUCGACGGGCUAUGCUCUACUGGAAUGGGUAUAACAAGGCAAGACACAGUUAUGUACGUAGGGAUCGGCGUCACAAUUGCGAUGUUGGCGGCUGGAGCAGCCAUCUUUUAUAUUUGGUGCAGAUUCAGAAGAACGGGAUAUACUUCUGCUAGAAUAGGUGCACCAAAGACCUACCCAAGUAGAGAUAAAGGCAAUACAGCACCAGACUUGACUAGAACGUGCAACGAAUACUGGAUGCAGGGCCCUGAUAACCAUUACGACAUGCCUCAGUUUCGAAACAGUUACUCCUCUCCUUUCGGAAAUAGAAGUAGACAGCAGUCUUCAAUUGGAAGCAACCAUUACGAAAUGAAACCUUAUAGUCCAUCGGGAGAUUCAGGUUCCAGCUGUUAUACUAAUUCCCGAACAAUGACGUCUAGAUCCAGUGAGGGGUCAUCGCAAUUGCAGGAGUUGGUAACUUCGACACCAUCAACGAUGUCCAAAGUGGACGUGGCUGUCACGUUACCUCCUGGUUCUAUCGAUUCUAGUUACAGAGACAAAAUAUGCCUGACUAUUGUUAAGUGAGUUUUAUUAAUUUAGAAAUUUGUUUUCAUGGUUUUUGAUAGUGUGAAAUAUUUAAAAAAAAAACCUAUGCGUAUGUUUUGUACAUUUGUUUUAUAAUACCAAGUAAUGGGACGAAUAAGUCGU